AUGACCAUGAGCAUGGACCUGGACAUGGAGUGGGAGCAGCCCCCCUCCAUGCUCUCCAAGCUCUGCAGCAGAGUCGUCAACUACGUCGAGGAACUCACCAAGCCGCCAAAGGAAAGAACCCUGGGCCCGAACCACCUGCUCGCCGGCACCUUCUCCGUCGUCGCACCCGAGCUCAUCGAGCAAGUCGCCUUCUUCCUCAACACCACCGACAACAACUCUUUCCGCCUCACAUGCAAGUACAUCGAGCACUCGACGUUCUCGCACUGGGAGCGCACGUGCCUCGCGUCUAUCCAGACGGACCUUUCCCACCGGUCGUUCAUGAGACUGUCAGACCUCAUCAUGCAAGAACCUCUCGCGGCGCGGGUCAGGAAGAUCGUCGUGACUGAGCGCAAUUUCGGCGGGCUGGGCAAGGGCUUCAAGUGGGAGCGCGUCCUCGGCGAGCUGUACCUCAACACAGACCAAGUCUCCAUCCGCAUGUGGACUGCCCUCUUCUCGCAGUUCGACUACCUGCGGUGCGUCAAAGUCCAGCGCGGCUUUACAGCCUGGGACCGAGACGAGCGCACCCUCCUCUCCGCCAGCGACGCCUUCACAGUCGUCAUGCAGAUCAUCACGCACGCACAGCUGCCCGUCACCUCCUUCGAGCUCGACUUUGAGCCCCAGAACUGGAACUCCAUCGACCUGCGCCGCAUUCGGCGCACGCAGCUGGUCGGCUCGCCCUUUACCGACAGCUGGGCGAAACUCCAAUCGCUCUCGCUGCGCCUCAAACUCACCGAAGAGGCCGUUGCCGGUGUGCCGUACCUCCUAAUGCACAGCUGCCCCAACGUCAAAUCCCUCUCGCUCGACUGCGACGGCGGAGCCUACGCGGGCCGCCUGCUACAUGCCAUGGCGCAGAACCGGAUGAACGCGAAGUGGAAACUGGAAGAACUCUCGCUGCGCAAAAUCACCGUCAACGACGUCGAGGAUCUCGGCUUCUUUCUGCAGCACCACUCGCGCACCCUGCGGAAACUGAAGCUCGCUUCGAUAACCCUCGACGAACCGCUCAUCUGGCCAAAGGUCUUUGCGCUGCUGCGCGACUGUUUCCUGCAGCUUAAGAGCAUCGAGGUCGGUGAUUUGAGGGAUUUCGGCGACGCGAGGCAUCUGGUUCAUUGGCCGAAUGUGUCCACGACGAGUACGCGGGAUACGGAUGGCGUGCGCUUCGUCUAUCAUGAGUGCAGGUGGCCGCCGAUGAACCCGCGCGCGCCAAAGAAAAACUUUUAUAUUGCGUAUCAGGGGAAGCAGACGCAUACUGCGUUGAGGCUGAUCGAGGAGUGGGCGGUUUAUAUGCCCUUAGGGCCGUAA